UAAUACAUAUUCUGUAUAUGUAGAAAUAAAGUAGAUAGUCAUCACAAAAUAUAUUGUACUAUUCCUUUAGCAGUACACUUUUCAAUUGCCUAUAUACAUAAACGAUAUUGGAAAAAAGAAUUUGCUUUUUAUUCUAUUUUCCUCAAAAUUGUCCCGUGUUCUCCAAAACUUUAACAGUUUUCCUCGGCAAUGUAAUAACUUGAUUUUAAAUAUCAUUGAAUUAUUGGUAACAGUUUGAAGAAGAGAAUAAGAAGUAGAUUUUCUUCUCCAGUAUUUUGAGCAAUUGAAAGAUGUUUUACUAAAAGAAUUGUAUAAUAUUAGUGAUCAUUCGAGCAUUUUAUUACUCUGCUCCAACAAGGAUUGAAUCUCUAUAUUAAAGAUAAAUAGUAAUAAUUGAGCCUACCUCUUAAUAAAACAAGUUAUAUUUUUUAGGUGUCCAUAUUAUUUUGUCUGUCCUUUGUAUUUUCAGGAUUAAUUGAUUGUCGGUAAAAUUCGUUGGAUUUAUACUUAAAAUUUUGUUUACACGAUAACAGUAAGAUAUCGAAAUCUACAAAUUUUUAAGUAUUCAAUAUUCAAUGUGUACGUGAUAUAUCGCAGUGUUACGCAAGAACUUAUUCUCUUAUCUGGUGAUACACCGCAGCAAAGGAUAAAAUUCCAGCUGGUUUCCCUAAAAAGCGCUUCUUCAAUUUUUCUUUUUUAUUUAAAUAAUCGAUUCACGAGGUUAUUUACUCGGGGAAGAUAUUUUUCCAUACACACGCAAUUCAUUUAUAUAAAUUUUUCGCACCGUUCCGAAAUAAAAGAGAUAGGAAGCGUUCAAUACCGAUUUCGAGGCACUUUGUAUACUCAGCUUAUUUACGUUUCAUAUUUUCACAUUGCGUUCCGUUCGCGGGACGGGAACUUAUUUUGAUACAUUCGCUCGGCCCCGUAUCGCGCGCGCUUCUUUCGUCGCUAGCCGAUUUCAGCUUCGACCCGAUGCUGAAAUAUAUGCACGCACGUAAACGGUGUCUCUCUCUCUCUCUCUCUCUUUCUUUCUCUUUCUGGUGCGAGAUUGUCCCUCGUGCGUCAUCAUGCCGCGAUGAUCGUUGCACUGCGAGAGAAAGAUAGGGCGAGAAUGCGUGUGUAUACGAGCCAAUCGCAGUCUGGGUCCAUGGAUGCCACUUAGUGUUAGUUGGCCAGAUUCGUAGGUAGGUUGUCUGGCCGAUGGCCUUUCGACCCGAGUGCAGUUUUCUCGCAGACCUCCUUCUAGCGGCGUACCUCGCUUUACGACCCGAUAUAGGCUGGGCGCAGCGGUGGCGGCGGCAGUGAGAGUGCAGGCGUAGCUUAUUAUAAUAAUCUCACCGCGGUAAUCUAUUAUCGCCAGCGUAUUAUCCCCGACUUGCCGGCAGAAACUGAAUCUUAUGGCGAGUGAGUGCUAUUAAACAUUAAACCAUCACCCUCCUUCCGCCGCGACGUUCCAUGAAGUCGACGAACGACGGAGCCGAGGCCGAAGAUCGAUCGUCGAUCGUCGCCGCUGACUCGGCACGGUUGCCUGUCGCACGAUUCGCUCUAGAUGAGUCACCGUGAUCUACCCUGGAGUCUACGAGCAACGCGAGUCGCGCCGAACGAAUCAUGUACAAAAUACUGCGUCGCGGCUCCGGCCGCGUCUUCGUCCUCUGCAUCGUGGUGCUGUCGCUCCUGCUGUGCCUGUACUAUGUCAGCCAAGUCCAGGCGCCGUCGUCGGGUCAUCCCGCCGCCGCCAUCCUGAACGAGGAGCUCAGAUACGACCGCAGCCUGACCUCCGUCACUCCGGAUUACAGCGAGUCGCCAGAUGCUCAGGUGUCGCUCGCCACCUGUCCCGUAAUCGUGCCGCGAAACGCCAACAUCGACGCCCAGCAGGAGUUCGGCAAGUUCGACUUUCAGCCCUCGUGGAUGCGGAGUCGAGAGUACUGGGACGACAGUUUCGAGGCACGUUUCGCGGAGCUGCGGAAAGAUCCGACAAGACCACCGUUGAAGGUUAUCCUUGUGCCUCACAGUCACACCGAUCCGGGAUGGCUGAAGACGUUCGAGCAGUACUUCCACAGCUCCACGAGGAGCAUCCUAAAUAACAUGGUCUCGAAGCUGCAGCAAUGGCCGAACAUGACCUUUAUCUGGAGCGAGGUUUCAUUCUUAUCACUGUGGUGGGACAGUGCUCAUCCGACAAAGAAGAUGGUCAUAAAAAGAUUAGUCAAGGACGGUCGACUGGAAAUGACCACCGGAGGCUGGGUCAUGACUGACGAAGCGACUUCUCAUAUUUACGCUAUGCUGGACCAGCUCAUUGAAGGUCACCAAUGGCUGAAAACGAAUCUCGACGUGAUACCCGAAUCGGGCUGGUCCGUCGACCCGUUCGGCCACGGCGGCACCAUACCUUACUUUCUCAGGGCAUCGGGCGCGUCCGGCACGGUGAUCCAGAGGAUACACUACGCGUGGAAGCAGUGGUUCGCGAAGAAGCAAUACGGCGACUUCGUCUGGCGACAGCCAUGGGACCGCGACGGCACAGCCGACAUGCUUACCCACAAUCAGCCGUUUGAUAUCUACAACAUCAAACAUUCGUGCGGCCCGCAUCCGCACGUCUGCCUCAACUUCGACUUCCGUAAGAUACGUGGCGAGUACACCGAGUACUCGGUCCGCGCCGUCGAGAUCACGCCCAACAACGUCAAGCAGAUGGCCGAGCUGUUGCUGGAGCAGUACGCAAGAACCGGCUCGUUAUUCACUCACAACGUCGUGCUGAUGCCACUCGGCGAUGAUUUCAGAUACGACCACGCGAUUGAAUGGGAUCAACAGUACACCAACUACAAAAUCUUGAUGGACUACAUAAACAGCCGGAAGGACGAGUACAAUGCCGAGGUGGUAUUUGGCACGCCGAAGGACUAUUUCCGCGAGAUACAAAAGCGCGUGAGCAAGUUCCCGUCAUUAACAGGCGACUUCUUCGUGUACUCGGACAUCUUUAGCGAGGGUAGGCCAGCCUAUUGGAGCGGGUACUUCACCACCAGACCGUACAUGAAGAUUCUGGACCGCGAGCUCGAGGCGAAUCUCAGAUCCGCCGAGAUCCUCUACACGAUCACACUAAAUCUCGCCAAGCAGUCCGGCAAGGAUAUAAAACUUUACGAGACGCAUUUCGAGAAAUUGGUGAAGGCGAGGCGUAAUCUGGGUCUGUUCCAACAUCACGACGCGAUCACCGGCACCUCCAAGUCCUUCGUCAUGAAGGAUUACGCGCUGAAACUCUUCGAGUCGAUCUCGGAUACGACGAGUCUGCAGAGCUUCGCUAUUCAGUCGCUCGCGGCCACCAUCAACGGCAAAUCGAAUUCCGUCUACGUGCUGGCCGAGUCGGACAGAGACAGUUACGAAAAGCUGCCGAAAAAGAUACCGAUCGGCGUAAAUGGUCAUGAGACUAGGAAGAUCGUUCUGUUCAAUCCACUGGCGCAACCCAGACAGGAAGUGAUCAGUCUCAAAGUCACGUCAUAUAAAAUCAAAGUCCUGGACCCUCAGAAGAAUCCUAUACCCUAUCAGAUCGCGCCGGUGAUGAACGCCACGAGCAUCACGCACGACGUGUACGUGCUGCUCUUCGUAGCUGAGCUGAAGCCGCUGUCGAUCGCCACGUAUCAUCUGCGGCAGGUCGAUAAGGUACCGGCGGAAGCCAUCUCGACGGUAUACUGCAGCCGUUGCGGCAAGGACAACGUCUUUCCCAUCAAACCCAUGCAGGUGGGCGACGUGCAGCUCGAGAAUCAGCGGAUGAAACUGUUGUUUGACGGGCAGACGGGUUUCCUGAAGCGCGUAACGAAAAAAUCCACCGGCAAGAUCAUGCAGUGCGCUGUGCAGUUCGCCGCGUACCCCUCGGCGCAGUUCCACAGCGGUGCCUAUCUAUUCAUGCCUGACCCAAAUCUCCGAGACACCGACAAGGACGUCCUGGAAGCGUACACGCCGCACCAAAAAAUCUACAUCGUCAGCGGCAGCCUGAGUUCCCGCCUCACCGUCGAGUACGGUAAAUUAUUAACGCAUCACGUGGCCAUCUACCAUCGCGACGGUGGCCUCGGCGAGGCCAUCUACCUGCGCAACAUCGUGGACUUUGAGACGCCACCGAAGAAUCGCGAGACAGAGAUGUUCAUGCGGCUGCAGACCGACAUCUCGAACGGCGACCCGCCCGAAUUCUACACCGACUUGAACGGCCACCAGAUGAUCAAACGUACCAAGAUCGAGCGCAUCGGCAUCGAGGGCAACUACUUUCCUAUCACUACCAUGGCUUACAUCGAGGACUCGAAUCACCGGCUAACGCUCUUGGUGAACCAUUGCCAAGGCGCGGCCAGCUACCAGCCCGGUUGGCUGGAGGUGAUGCUGGAUCGUAGGACUCUAUAUGACGAUUCGCGGGGCAUGGGCGAGGGUUUGCUGGACAAUCGACGGACCGUCAUCAAACACUGGUUGUUACUUGAAGAUAUCAGCGGUGAGAAAGAUAGGUACUCGAGACCGUCGCUAUUCGCCAAUCAUCUGAGCAACACUCUUAAUUAUCCGGUGAAUAUCUUCGUGGUGGAUGGCAACGAGCAAGAGGUCACGAUGGCGCCGGAAGUUCGACUGCUGAGUCAGAGCUUUCCGUGCGACCUACAUCUGCUUAAUUUGCGUACCAACCACGAUCAGAAGCUGCCACACUUCCCGGUGAACAGCGCGCUCAUGGUGUUGCAUCGGCAGGGCUACAGCUGCUCCGUGGGCAUCGACGUAGCGCUGAAGCACUGCCCGCUCACCGAGAGACUCGCGCAGGGAACCGCAUUCUACAAACUUGACAAAGUCAACGUCACGAAGACGUCGUUGACCGGCACGAAGCCUGGCGCCCGUCUGAAGGACGGUUUCCAGGAGAUCGGCUUGCAACCGAUGCAAGUCGAGACGUACAACGUGAACUUUGUGCAAUGAUCUUAAGCCAUAGGCCGAUCGACCGUCGAUCUCGGCGCGUUCGCGUUGGUCGGUUAAAAUUUUGAGAGUAUACACAAGCGUCUUGCCCCUUCCAAACGACACUGCCGUAUGUUAAUCGUAUCGAAUACUACCUCUUUGACUCUUCGUGUAACGCGCGACGUUGUUGGCAGUGAAGAACUUUGCGGAAGCGAUAGAGAAGCGAAGGUAAUUUCUCAUGGGAUGAUACACGGAACAAAAAAAAAGUGACAAAUAAUAUUGACCACUCUAGGACAAUUAACAUAAACAGUUUAAAGUAAACGAUUGACUCGUACGGUUCAACUAAAAUGAAUUCUUUCGUGUUAGGAAGAAUUACAAAAAUUUUUAAUCAACUUUUUAUUCCACAGAUGUGUGAAGGAGGCAUUUUUAUUAAAUUUCUGUUGAUGCUAAUCCUGACAAUUUACGUUAAUAUGGCCUAAAAAUCAUGUUCUCAUAUCAUUUUCUGUUUCCUCAUACUCAAUUUCUUUCGCUAAUUUCAUUCGGAGGAAAGGAGACAAAAACUUUCAUAACAGAUCAAGGAUUUAUAAAAUUUCACCGUACAUUAUUGAAAUAAGUGAAUCAUUAACCUAAGAACUUUCCAUACUUCUCAAAUUUAGCUGAAUUUCGCAAGACGAUAUUUCGAUCACAUUUUUGUGGGAAAUUUUAAAAGGAGUGGCAGGUAUAGUGUGCGUGUAAAUAUUUCGAUCGGUGCAACACAAUUAAUUGCUAAUCGUGACAACGCAUGCGUGGCACCAUUGUACAUAUUGUUCCUGCAUCUUUGCGUUUUAUUAUCGAACGAGAGGGGGUAUCGGAGAGAGAGAGAGAGAAAGAAAGAGAGAAAGGGGGGGGGAAGAAGCGUGAGAAGAUGUACACACGCAGAUAUAUAAAUAUAUUAGUAAUUUAUUCCAAACAAGAGUCUGAGAUAUAUAAUUAAUAUAUGUACAUUCGCUGGAACGAGAUAUUUGGGAUCAGGUUUAUCUCGACCUAUUUUACUCAUUUAAAUUUUAAACGAUUCUUCCAUAAUUUAAUACCUUUAUCGCUGGAAUCACUUUGACUAUAUAUUUAUUGAAGUUUUACGAAUUUUCCGAAUCUCUUUACCAUUAACGUCCUGUUGUGUAAAAAUCUCUAAAUUUUCUCAUUUACUUUCUAAAACAUUUAUUUCCUCGAAUAAUAAAAUUAUAUUGCUGAGUUUCCAACUUUUUGCGUUUCUUCACGAAUGCAGAGCUUUUGUAAGCGAGAAGUGAUUUCGCGGGAUACAAAAGGGGCCAGAGAGAGAGUCAGGCUUACAGAGGGGACAAAAGAAUUAAAAUUUCAUAUAGUGACUUUUAUUUGUUUGUACGGCGGUUAUCGUGGACAAACAGACUGACAGCUGACCGACAGAGAUUUCUUUUACCAAGCGUAUAGAGGUAUAUAUGUAUAUAUUGUAUCGUACAUGUAUAUAUGACAUAUCAGAUCGCGUCACUUGCCCUAGACAAUUAUCGUAGGUAACUCUUGUGAUAGCGAAACGAUGUAAAGAAAAUCUUAUACAUCUAUUUUCGUAUGUCAGAUAUUUUGCUGUCGACCCUUUCCCCUUCCCCCUCUCUCUUUUUCUCUUUCUCUCUCUCUCUCUCUUUCUUUGCGAGUAUUGACAGUAAGUGUCUUCUUGUCGACGAGGGGGACGCGAUUCCGGGGUAUUCUCUCCGCGUAUUGUGUACGCAGCCCGAAAAAUGUAGUAAAGUGUAAUUCGUGUAAAAUGAAUUUGCGUGCCAGAUGACGAGGAGUUAUUUCUUGGAGAUAACGCGAGAGGAGAGCGAGUCUUCAGAAGGUACGAAGACAUAACUUAUUCCGAUUUGUUUUUUUUUUUUUGUAAAUAAUUAAAUAAUAAUUUGAUGAACUCUUCGAUAAUCACGAAUGUUAACGAUUGACAUGAAUCUGGGAUCUGUUUCUUUUCUUUUUUUUUUCAAUUUUUGAGACGCUUAUGCCGCGCAAUGAAUACCUGUCAAAUUGAUAUAAUAUGCCGUACCUCCGAGGUGUUCUUUCUUAUGAUUAUGCGCGAAUGAUAAAUGUCGCAGAGAUACAACGCUUUGCGAUAUAUGUGUUCGUGGUGUUUCCAGCGAUCUUCCACUUCCAUGGAGAAUCUCGAAGUGUCCCUUUUAGCAGCUGUACCGUCGAUCCGAUUUGUACAUAUUAGAUUAAUUAAUGGAAAGUCGUGCAGCUUCCGCGCGCGAGUGGACCGUCGCGUUUCUCCGACGCGACAAACCAAGGAGAAAAAACGGGGCGGAAAUUAGUUUCUCCGAGGGUGCGAGAAAUAUUGUAAAAUGUGGUUGCUACCUUUGCGCGAAAGCGAGCGGAAUGUUCGUCGCUCCUCCGUAUACGGACUCGUAAUUAUUACAAAGUAGUAUUUUUUAAUUCGCACGAAAGACACGUUGUCUACGUAAAUUUUCUUAUUUAAGAUCACGUUUACGAAUACGGUGCGAAUUUGUGAACUUCUCGGUGAUUUUAUACGUUGUCUCUUAGAUACUUUAUCGCGUGCGUGUAAAUUUCUACCUACAAAAAAAAAAUCCAAUAACAUAACAUUCUAAUAAACCAUGAAAUCACAAGAUUCCUUCAUUUUCACGACUAAUUGAUUGUUAUUUUCAGUUAAUCGAUAUGUUUUACGCUAAGAGAUAUAACAGUUUGUAAUUAAUUGCUUUUUUUUAGUGGUACAUGAUUAUUAUUUAUCGCGGUAAAUGUUAUAUUUUCGUUAAUUAAUCCGUUUUCAAUCAUUGCCAGUGUCAAAUCAUUGUUGUUAUCGCUUGAUUUAAUUUCAAUUGUAAAUCUUGUAUUUCCUGACGCGCGAGUUAUUUCGAAACGCGCAUCGAGUUGAUUAUUAAAUAAAAAUUCAAUAUCGGUCGAAAACAGUUUCAACGGCAACUUUGUAUCGCAAAGUUGGGAAAGGUCAGAGGCAGCGGAAACGUCUGUCACGGAUACAACUUGUGAUGUGUCGCCGGGUAAUUAAGCUUCGUAAACAUCGGUUAUUAAAAUUUUUUUCGAUGGACUUAUGGCUCCGGUGAAUUUCACGGUUCGGCGCGAACGAGCGUUUAUACGGGUUUAACGAUGUUGUGUAAAUAGAGGAUCGUCGAUGAAAUCGUUAAACCGAUAGAUCGUAAAGAAUAAUGGAAAAUAAAGGACGGGCGGAUGGGUGUGCGGGUAAAGUGUAGGAAAGUUAUCUCUCUUCGUGCUCUCGUCACUUUUAAUCACAUCGCCGCAGCGCAUUAUCGGGUUCGAUCUUCGGCCGUUUGCAAAAAUAAAUUGCAUUUAUCUGCAUAUAUAUACACAUAUAUAUUGGCUUGAUAUAAAACUGUCCUUAUUAUGAUAUAAUAACCUUUAAAUUUAUCUCUUAAUUGUUUUUCGAACCUUCGGCAUUUAAGCAGGCGAAUUAACGAACAAUAUUAUCUUAUUUUGAUGUCAUAUUAUCUGUUUGAUAUUAUUUCGACAUUGUUAUUUUAAUAUACGUACUAACGACACUGCCCACGAUAACAUAUCCAAUCGUCCGCUCCGUGUAACGUAACGAAUCAAAAAGAGAGCCUCGAACAGCAAAAUCUCGCCGUAGAGAAUUCUACGCGGGAAUAUGGAUUUGAUUCUCGUUGCUCGAGCAUUUUCCACGUCGCGAAAUUGUACUCCGUUUAAGAGCACCGUUUCAGAUCUCUACGUCGAGAUUUCUGCAAAUGUCGACAAAAUGCCCGAAACUGUCGAGCGACAGAGUCGCUCGGCGCCAAUGACUGUCCCUGUAACGAUAUUGUAAUAUAUUGUAUGUUUUGUGCCGUCGUUAGAGAGAAAGAAAAGUGUUCUAUAUCACAAAGAAUAAAGUUAUAUUACAUGUUCACACACACACAUACACGCUGUCGCUCGGACGAUUCGCAAGAGGAUUUGGCCGCUUGGAAUCGCGCGAGCGCGGGACGCGCGAAUGGCGAUGAUUAUAUACGAUAUUCCUUAUGUUACAAUGUAAUAUUAUAUUUAUUAAAUAAAACUAGUAACUGACGUAUUUUGA